AUGGCGAAGAAAUAUCUUGGAGGGUCUGGUGAUAAACUCACUAUAUGGAUAUCUAUAGCUGCGUCUACGGUUCUUAUAUUCUACGGUUACGACCAGGGGGUGUUCGGCAACGUUCUUAUUGGGGAGGACUUCCUACAAACAAUGGGCUAUCCAUCCACAAACCUACAAGGGACCAUGACAUCUGUUUACAAUAUUGGAUGUUUCGUUGGUGCCAUGUCAACUGUGUGGACAGGAGACUAUUUUGGCAGACCCCGUCAGAUAAUAGUUGGUAGCACUAUCAUUGCUAUCGGUGGUAUCAUCCAAGCUUCUGCCUAUGGCGUGCCUCAGAUGAUGGUUGGAAGAGUAGUGGCUGGCCUAGGCACCGGAAUGAACACCUCGACGGCUGGAGUAUGGCAGUCUGAGACUAGUAAAAUGAGCAGCAGGGGGAAGCUUGUUAUCAUUCAAAUGGUGUUUUUUACCCUUUGCAUAUACGCCAUGUGCCCAUUUCUACCGGACUCUCCCCGUCUACUCAUCCGCAAGGGGGAGUACAGCGAAGCACUAGAGGUGUUAGCUGCGCUGGAAGGUAACGGAGCAACGUCCAAUUCUCAUUCUGUCAAAACCCAAUUCAACGUCAUCAAAGAUGUGCUAGAUCGGGAGAAUUUAAACUCUUAUACAUGGUUUAAACUGCUUAUGGGAAAAGGCGAGUCUUCCAGGUUUCCCUCGGUGUAUACCUAG